AUGCUAGAGAUUCUUGAAGCCACAGAUGACAGUUGGGUGAUAACUGGACAUCAAAGCUGCCCCUAUCGCUAUAGAAAAAUUGAAGUGAUUGAAAUCACAACUGACCAAUGCAGUGUCAAGAAGAGGGUCUUUACUUCUGUGACUUUUGAUGACUAUGACUCUGUGGAUAAGAUUGUCAUUCAAAAAUACCACACUGUGAAUGGUCGCAAUUGUGAAAUACAAAAGGCCUUUAAGCAAGAAAUGGCCAGUGCUUCCUCUAGUCAAAGAGGUCAAAGUGGCUCUGGACAUGUUAGCAGUGGCCAGGGAGGUGGCUUUGGUGGAAAUGAUAACUUUGGCUAUGGUAGAAACCUCAGUGGUUGUGGUGGUUUGGGUGGCAGUUGGGGUAGUGGAGGAUAUUGUGAAAAUGCAGAUAGCUACAAUGGAUUUGGCAAUGAUGGAAGUGACUUUGGGCAUGGUGGAAUGAUUUUGGCAAUUACAACAAGAUUUUCAAACUUUUAUUUCAAGAAGGGAAGAAAUUUUGGAGGCAGAAGUUCUGGACCUUAUGGUGAAAGGCAGUAUUUUGCCAAAUUAUGUAACCAAGGUGGCUAUGGCGAUUCCAUCAGUACCAUUAGUUAUGGUAGUAGCAGAAAAUUUUAA